AUGGACAUGCUCGGACCGGCCUCCUUACGAUCCCGGCACCCCUCAAAGUCAUCACUGAAAACAUACGGCGGUCGGCGAAGUCGUCAACAACAACUCAACACAAGAACGGAUGAACGAGAUGAUGGCACUGGCAGCGGAGCACAUGAAGGUGAGCGAGAAGAUGAGGAUUACCGUCCGCCAGCACGACAGCUGCUCGACUGGGACAGACUCGAGAGAGACAGGAGGGCUCGGUUGGAAAGGCAGGCCAAGGAGCAGGAGCGUCUUGCCCAAGCAGAGGACGAGACUGCGUUUCUCAAACAGGACGUCGACCUGGAAGCGUUGCUAUACUCGGACCACGAGGACCAGUUCGAGGAGAGUGCCCCAGAGCCCUCUGAAGAGAGUUCGUUGCGAGACCCGUGGAAGGGUGGUGUUGAUUUACUGCGAGGAGAGGUUGUCCCAUCAACUCAGGAGUCUGACGACGACGACAAUAGAAGCCACUACUCGCAGACGAGGGGCUUGUCAAAACCAAGAAUGUUUAUGGCCACCCCACAACAACAUCCUCCUGUCCGAACUCGAGGGCAUCGACCUGUCGUGACUCCAUCCUCUCAUACAGCCGACGCGGACCUAGAAUUCGAGAUGCCAAGGAGGGCGAGCACAGCGGCUUCCGCGCCUGCGAGAACCUCCAUUCUCUCUGGACGAAGUUCAAUCGGCGAGAAGUCUGUAGGACGAGUUUCAUUCUCCUUUGACGUCGCCGAGUCCAGGAUCCCCGAAGCACUCAGCACCAGUCAGCGGCGCAAGGUUAUGAUCCAAGAAGAGCCAUUCUUUAAGCAGGCCCCCCAGGAAGAGGACGAAGACGAAGAGGAAGAACCCGAGGAUGAGGUGCUUUUCAGGACGCCAUCGUUUGAUAUUCUGAAGAAGAUGAGGGAGUUACCCAAGCCCAACAUCCCAGAACCACGCGCGAACCCUUUCGGCUUCCGACCCUUGUCGUUGACCACAGGACCAACAUCGCCAUCUCCACUAUUGUUAGGGGGACAGGAUAAAGGAUUGCUGCGAGAGUUUGCGGUUUCUACACCAUCGCCAGAACCAACGCCGCCCACAAUCGACAUCUUUGACAAUCCGUUCAUGAGUCCAGAUUCCCCGACGGUAAAGAGAGCGAUGGAUAUUCUACGCAAGCGGGAACAGCAACUGAAGGAGAUUCAAACAGCCAGCCAGGCCUCAGCAUCGAGCAGUGGUAUGGAUUUGGACAAGGCGAAUGAAACCAGGGCAAGUCGUUACAAAAUUGGUGACAUCUUCGCCGACAUUGAACAGGACGUCAACCAACAGCAGCGGAAGCGUCCUUCAUUUUCUCGGGAAACGACGCCGGAGCGGAUAUCUACCACUGGUAUGUCUCGGAGUGUUGUUGACGAGAGCUUGGGCAAGCAGGACGAGUCAGAGGAGUUGGCCUUGGGGAAGCGGAUAUCGAGUAUUGAGAUCACGCCACGACGCUUGCAGGCUAAGCAGAGGAAGACCGCUCCGCACGACUCGGACUCCCCUACAAGACCUCUUGGAUCGCGUGGUCACUUUUCGCCAAAGACGACGUUCGACAAUGUGAUGGAGGACCUGCCGGUACGGCCCCUCAACCUGUUUUUGGAUCGUGAUAUACCCAAGGACGAGGACAAUAGUGAUCUCGACCUUCUUUUCACUCGAUCAAGAAACAACAGGCGAUCGCCUCCGCCUAGGCCUUCGACAUCGACUGUAUCCAACAAACGUGCCGCUGGAGUCGACCCCAACCGUCUGUUAUGGCCACCCAAGGAUGACCAGGAGAACAAGCCAGAGCAACAUACACGAGCGAUUGACUCAUCUCCAUUCACGACGACGAGCUCUACUAUGGAUGGAAAAUCGACACAACGGAGGGCAACAUUCUCUCGGACGGAUUGGCUUAAAUCCCCUAGUCCUCAGCCAGCUCCACUGAGCAGCGUCGUAUCGAGCCAGGACGAUGCGCUCAUUCAGAAGCCAUUGUCAGAGCAACAACAGCCACAACAACCUCCCCAACCUUCAGUGCAACAACUACAACAAUAUCGACCUAUACGGUCACUACGACGACCACAGGCAGUUCUUGUCAGCGACACCAAAAAGGCUGCCUUCAAGCCUACUCUCUUGGAUCUCCUCUCCAUCUGUGAUCAGCAAUUCUUUGACCAAUUCGAGGAUUCGGAAUCUGCAGGUGUCGCUAACCGAGCUUGUCUGGCUGCGGGCAGUGACGGGUCGAGGAAAUCGAAGGCUAUUGUGGAUUUUGAUGCUGUUCUUCCAAAGUGUAUGGCACCUUCUUUGACAAAGAUUGGUGAGGCUUCCUACUCUGAAGUGUACACCGUUGAUCUACCCAUUCACCGACACGAACAAAGGUUUAGGAACCUUGCUCAGCAAUCGCCUGAUGGGACGCCGAAUCUCUUCCAAUCUCCUCGGCUCAACACAUACGUGAAGGAAUCAGCCGACGACGACCUCAACCCGCAGGACAUGUCAGGCACUCAUGGCAGCACCACCAGUGGAGGACGGUCGACAAAACUGGUGAUGAAGGUUCUGCCGUUUCACGGAGACGACCUUGACGCUCUUCCUUCUGGAUUGUCAAGCCCCAUGAAAGGUGCGCGGAGGACUAGAAGCAGGGGGGCAGUGGCUGCUGCGCCAGAGUUGUUGGCACUUGAGGAUAUCUACCGCGAGGCCACGGUGUCGACCCAGAUCAUGCAUGGCUGGAAGGGCUUUAUCGGCAGCUUUGGGUAUCCAAAGGCGUUCCUUUCUGCUUGGGAUCGGUUCCGCAAGGAGAAUGGAACAGAGAGCGAUAGACCAGAUCAUUAUACCAGCGGUCAGUUGUACUGCAUUAUCUUGCUACCCUACGGAGGAGUCGAUCUGGAGCACUGUUCGUUGACAAACUGGCGGCAAGCAUGGGCGGUCUUGGCGCAGGUAGCAGCGUCGCUUGAGUCAAAGGAACAGGCACCGUUUUGGUUUGAGCACCGAGAUCUUCAUUGGGGCAACAUUCUUGUCAAGGGUACUAGGCAGAAACAGAUUGCAUUUUCUAGACGAGACCUUCAGCAGCAGCAGCAGCAGCAGCCAUCUUCGAGUUCACUAUUGCCAUCGCGUCAGCGCACAAAUGAUCCUCGAUUGCUCAGGAAUAUUCCGACAUUUGGGAUUGUUGUCCAGAUGAUUGACUUUACGCUCGCUCGCGUCCAAGGAGAUAAAGGCAACUUGAUCUAUAUGGAUUUGGAAAAGGACGAGGAUCUGUUCAAGGGCCACGGAGAUUACCAGUUUGACAUCUACCGCAAGAUGCGCCGCCAGAUUGGCAAGGACUGGACCGUCUCCUGUCCCAAAACUAACCUCUUUUCUAUAUACUAA